AUGCCAUCAGCACGUGAGAUAUAUAUUCCCACGGAGGUCCUUAUCUUCAUAGCACAAGCUAUCGACCAAGAUACAGAGCACUACCUAGAACAGCAGGGAAAUCUCUACAAUUUUUGCUUGGUUUCUCGACAAUGGUACUCGGCAGGUAUAGCAUUCCUAUACCGCUUCCCUCAUCUCCAUGCCGGCGAUAGCUUCGCCAAAUUCACCAACACAGUGUGCCCACCUGUCAAAACCAAGAGCAAAAACGAUUUAGGGUCCCUAGUGCAUGUGCUACAUCUCCAUCUCUUGACUUAUCACUCUUCGAAGAGUCUCACGGCGCGCUUACUCAAUCGCGUACGGAUGAACUUGGCUAUUUUCACCGCGCCAAAGAUCUCAUUUGCUGUUAAUAGCCUGUCCGCGCUAUCUAAAUGCCGAAAUCUUGUUGUUCUCGACCUGUCGCUCGUGAUGACUCCAAUUGAGUUUUCAAAGAUCAAGAAAGCUAUCAGCCAUCUUGAUAAGCUGGAGUGCCUACGUCUUCCGGUGUCAACUCAUUUGACCAACCCGGAUGUAGCUUCAGAGUGGCCAAAUACUCUGUCACGUCUUGAGGUCGGCGGCACAUUUGACCUUGAUGCGAUGCCAUCAUUCUCCUGGCCGCCAGCCCUUAUGUCGAUUCAUUUCCAGGGGUGUCACGAUCUGAACACCCCAGUUUUGGAGGCUAUCCUUCAAAACCCUCAGCUAGCUGCCAGUCUCAAGCAUCUCAUCAUCCACCGCGCAAAUAGAUUUAUUCUCAAAGACUUUGAAACCGACAUCAUUUACCGGCUACCGAAUUUGAUUUCUCUGAAAAUUCCGGUGGACUUGCUGGAAUACCUUCUGAUUCUCCCACCUCCGGAUUUCCUCCCGCCUUUGCCUCUCAUGGAACUGGAGCUCACAGCUCAAUAUUAUGGGGGCCCAAUCGAAAUCAACAUUUCAGAAGCAUUGCUGCACGCUCUGUCGCAUAACCUUCCUAGGCUCUGUGCGCUUGGGUUGUCUUCUGAAUCCUUCCCACUGUUCCAAGAUCACCACGACAAGAUCGAUGAGCUCGUAUGGAAGCAUGCCGAUAAGUGUCCCGAUGAGGCCUUGGAUGAUCUGGAGGAUCUGGGUAUCUACAUGCUCCAUAGGGAGCCGAUAUAG